AUGUACACGACGUGUGUGAUCUGGCUCGCGUUCGUGCCGCUGUACUUCGGCACGGCGAGCCACGUGCCGCUGCGCGUCACCAGCAUGGCGGUCACCAUCUCGCUCAGCGCCAGCGUCACUCUCGUCUGCCUCUUCUCGCCCAAGCUCUACAUUAUCCUGAUCCGGCCAGAGAGAAAUGUACGGCAAAGUAUCAUGCCCGUGCGUUACAGCCGUAAGCCGCCGCACCAGCACUCAUUGCUGCCAAUACAGAAUAAAAAAACACCAUGCGCUGACAAAGAAACCCAAACUGAAGCGGCUGACUUUAAAAAACUUAGCAACGGACAAACCGUGCCAGGACUUCAGGAUACCAAAGAAACAACUGAAGAACCAAAUAUGAAAGAAGAUAAUGAACCCAUCCAAUGUAAUAACAUCACAGCCAUCAGUAACAAUUCGAGCGACAGAAUCAAACAAGCCAACAUUGAAAACGUCAAAAUUAAUAAUCCUAAUGAUAAAAUAAUUAAUGUCAACAUAACAAAUGAUAAAGCUGAUACAUUAUAG